GCGGGAAAGAUAGAAAUAUAGUGUUCUUUCCUCUAUAUCCUAUUUUACUCUCGCUCUUAUUUACAGCCAGUGAGAUGUGUUCCGAUGUACAGAAUGCCCUCUGCUGCUGAUGACCGGGCGGUGAGUGUCGUGCGGCAGAAUCCCGCCGUGACGCUUCUUUCGCUCGCUCUGCUUUCGCCCGCUGAAAUCCUCCUCUCCCAGGCGCCUUUGGACUGUGCUCUGAUAUUUCUGCUGUGCUGCUGCUAUUAUUUGCUAUCUAUCUCGUCCAGUUGGUCUACUCUUUCUCUUGGCCCGUUCUCUUUUCCUCCUUUCUCAUGCCGACUGUUCUCCCGCAACGCUUCACUUUCGUAUUGCCGUCUUCGUGAAGCCCACACUACCGUCCUCCCUCCGUCCUUCUCGAGCCCCUACAGCGACACACAUCUCGUCUGCGCAGUCUCCAAGUGAGGCUCUCCAAAGUUGGAGCCAGACACGUCCUCUCAUAUACAAUACGUGUCGUCCUCCCCGGACGCCCGUAUAACGUGUGGUGGUGGGAAAUCGUGCUCGGUCGCGAGCCGCCGUGGUCGAGAGUUUCUGCUGGCGCAUUGCUGAACGGCUCGGUCUCUUUUUGCCCU